AUGGUGGCCGUGGGCGUCGGCGCGCUCGUGGAGAGCGAGACGAGGUUCCUCGGCGCACUCCCCAAGACAACCGAGGCGCUCACCGCGGCGAAGGCGUCAUUCUGCAAGUCGGUCGUCGCCGGGGACGACGAGGACGACAUGCCCUCCCUCUUCGACUCCACCCGCGGCGCUCGCGACGAUCCGAAUCUCGACUUCGCGCCCUCGAUCCCUCAGACCUUCGAGCUGGAUAGCAGUUCUGCUGUCGCUGGCACCACCAGGUGCUUCGAUUCAGGCGUCGUCGACCGCACCGUGCCUUCCCCGAUCGUCUUCAUCGACCACGCCAUGAGCGCCUACGAGCUCCUCAAGGCCCGUACCGCUCUCGUCAACGCCAUCAACGUGACCCUCGCGUACGACGGAGGGGGCGCGGACGUUGUUGUUGCCAAGAACGCCCUAAGCACGGACGCCGACGUCGCCUCUGUCGAAGGCGUCGUCCCGGGCGACGGCAGGAGCUUGUCCGGACGCGGACCUGCGGUCCUUGCCGCCAUCAUGGGUGAGUCCGACUUUGGCGUCGCCUGGCAGAAGGCUCACGGCAAGGGCAUAGACGCUGCAGCUGCCGAGGCGGCCUUCAGGGCCUCCCUCCCCGCGAAGGCCACCUCCAUCGCCAACGCGACCAUGACGUUCUUUCACACCUCCGACGAGAUCCUCGCUGGCAUGUCCGGCAAGACCGACGCUGCAGUCGCGAAGAGGGUCGCCGCCAAGGUCUGCAUCCGAGACUCCAUGGUGAGGAAGCUUCUCGGCCUGGGCGACAAGGAGACGGAGGAUCGCACCCUCUCUGCCCUCAACCUAUACGAGGACGCUCCCCUGAGCGGCGGUGCGUCGGGUGUCGCGUCCGCCGCCCGCGAGCUCCUCAAGGUGCAGUGCCCGAAGAAGGUUGUCACGGUGGCUGAUAUGGCUGAGGGCAUCGGCAACGUGGACCCCGGUGCCGUCGUCGCGGCUUUGAGGAGCGCGGUCGGCGGCGGUGACUCCGUCUCCAAGCUCGCCGCUCACAUGCCCAUGCAGGCCAUCUACGACAUGAAGGACGGAGGCCAUGCAUUCGACGCUGCGGAUCUCGACUUUAUUACGGUGAUCGCGAUGGGUGAGUCGAGCAUCAUCAUCGGCUACGACGAGGUCGUCAAGAUUCUCGCGGCCAAGGUCGGAGACCACAUGGCUACUGUGACCCUCAUGCAUGACGCGAUCGGCACCGUCGACGGACAUCGCGACGCUCGCGCUUCGAAGGCCUAUGCCUGGUUGAUCCAGGACCCCCUCUCUGUCAGCUUAAUCGACUGCGAGAAGACCAUGUUGACCAACUUCACCAACGCCUCUUUGUUCCCGACUCUCGAGGCUGAGACAGCUGACUACAUGGUCUCACACGCGAUCUUCUUCGGCCAGCUCGCUACACUGGCCGGGCUCCUUAGACGCGACGGGGAAAUCGUGGUCGGCGCCGCUGUGCGCCGCGAAGUCAGCAAGGACCUCAAGGCCUUCGUCAAGCAUUGCGAGUCUGCCAAGGCUCACGGCAUGGCUCCCUACUCGAGGCUCUGGGGAAGUUUGCGCGACAUCCUCGGCGAGAGGUUCCCGGUCCACGUUAUUAGCAGGCUCCCCGCCAAGUUCUUCGACGCGCACAGUGGGGAGGAGACCGGCGCGGGCUUGCUCAAGGUCUGGACGUCUAUCUACUACAACUCUAAGUAUCGGAGCAUCCCGACUUUGUUCGUUCUGUUCGUCGCUCUUUGGGGCGAGUGCGGGAGGGCCGUUUGGGCGGCCCUUAUCGCCGCCCAGCCUCCCGCGACGGCGAAAGUUUGCUCCGCGGCCUCGAUCGGUGCGUCUAUCGCGGAGUCUAAUUACAACGGCGUCGCCUCAGCCUUUGAGCAGGCUGGCAUGGCGGCCCCUGACUUCCUUGAGCUGAAUGCCGCGAUCGGUCAGGCUCGCAUGAUGCGCGUCGACUUCUCGAAGCUCGCUCGGCACUUCGGCCUCGCGUCCAUUGAUUACGAGCCCACUCCUGCGGCCUUGUGCGCGGCGGGGGUCGCGGAAGUCGUGCGCUACGUGUUCGAGACCACAAUCUACCAGGACUUUCGGCGCGCACAGGCGUCGAAGGCCGCCCUCGCUGCCCUCGGCGGGGGCGCGCAAAACGCGGAGGUCCAUCUUCGCGCCUGGCUCCAGGAUCACUUGAAGGCCGGGGCGAAGGCCGGGGUCGAGAUCUACAAGCAGAAGCUUGCCCUCGCCCGCGAGAGUGAGUCCAUGAGCAUCGAGAGGGAGGAGUGGGAGCUCGUCGAGGGCCUCGAGAAGUCCAAGGCCGCCGCGCGCAGCAGCACGGGAGCCGGCCGCUGA